AUGGCUGAAGCCACAAACACACUCCGAUAUGUUGAUAUCGGAAUCAAUCUAAGCGACCCCGUCUUCCGCGGUGAAUACCACGGAAAGCAAGCCCACGAAGAUGACCUGGACGACGUAAUCCAGCGCGCAAAAGACGUAGGCUGCUCCAAGUUCAUGGUCACAGGCUCGGACCUAGUCGAAUCCAAACAUGCCAUCUCCAUCGCCAGCAAAUACCCCGGCUUCUGCUACGCAACAGUGGGAGUCCACCCCUGCCAGGCAAAAUUAUUCGACGAGUACCCAGAAGGAGCGCAAAAAAUGCUCCAAGAACUCUGGACAAUGGCUGUGCAAGCCAAAAAGGACGGCUUCGCCGUAGCCUUCGGCGAAAUCGGUCUCGACUACGACAGACUAUUCCUCAGCGAAAAGGCACCGCAACUGAAAUACUUCGAGGCUCAGCUCGACCUCGCUGUUGAGAUUCAGUUGCCGCUUUUCUUGCAUUCCCGUGCUGCCAGUGAAGACUUUGAGCGACUUCUUGCGCCGCGGAUGGCGCGUCUGCCGAAGCGUGGUCUUGUGCAUAGUUUUACUGGAACCCUUGAGGAGAUGCAUCGCAUGGUUGCUCUGGGCUUAGAUGUUGGUGUUAAUGGGUGUUCUUUGAAGACGGAGGAGAAUUUGGAGGUUGUUAAGGCUAUUCCGCUUGAUCGGUUGCAGAUUGAGACUGAUGGGCCUUGGUGUGAGAUUCGUCCUUCCCAUGCUUCCGCGAAGCACCUCGAGGGUGCCCCCGAUUUGCCCAAGGCUGUUAAGAAGGAAAAGUGGCAGAAGGGUUGCAUGGUCAAGGGCCGUAACGAGCCUAUUGCUAUUGCUCGUGUUGCCCAUGUUAUUGCCAGUAUCAAAGGAGUUACUGUGGAGGAAGUUUGCGAAGCGGCGUGGAAUAACUCCAUUCGCAUGUUUGGAUUGGGUGAGAAGUUGGACUAA